AUGGAGAAGAAGAGCCAUCGAGGCAAAAAGUUGUCAGCUGUGGAGUUUAAGAAGAUGCUCGUGGGAAUCUUGGCUUGCUUUUACGAAGACGGCGAAUCGGUAAGCUCAGAUGGCCCCUUUCUAUAACGACGCAGGCUUAAAUGUCGGAUUAGCCGAACGUUGAGAGAAUCGGUCGCUUCAUGAACGAGCGAUACCACGUAGUGGAGCAGCGUUUAAGAGCUCUGAAGCCAGAAGCUAAGAGCCUGAUCGAGCAGGCGAAACAAGAGAAACGACCGCUCGCCAAACGACCGAAAAGAAGGCGUAAUCAUACUCUUCGACGACCAAGCGUCGUGCAAGAGAUUUGGGACGAGUUGCAAGAUUCCAGAGCGGUGGCUGCUCAGCUCCAAGUGCAGCAAAGUGGAUCUUCGGAGGAGAACAGAUUGAUCGAAGUUCAUCAGUCACUUCAAGUUGUUGAUCCGGCGCAGUUGUACAAAGGCCAAGAUUUACGGUCUUAA